GCCAUAAGAAAGAAGAAAAAAAAUCACUAUCUUAGCCAGAGAUAUUAUUGACUUGUGCUGUCGCUGUCAGUUCAUUCUGUCAAAUUCGGACCAAAAGAGUCUUUUUGUUCUUGUAUUGUAGUUUGAUAGAACGUUGUCCUGGUAUAUUCGCCAAAAUGUCGUUGGUAAUUCCGGAUAAGUUUCAACAUAUUCUUCGUAUUAUGAAUACGAAUAUUGAUGGCAAACGUAAAGUUAUGUUUGCAAUGACUGCUAUUAAAGGCGUCGGACGGAGAUAUUCCAAUAUUGUCUUGAAGAAGGCUGAUAUAGAUCUUGAUAAACGUGCUGGUGAAUGCACCGAAGAAGAGGUAGAAAAAAUAAUUACGAUUAUGUCUAAUCCAAGACAAUAUAAAAUCCCUGACUGGUUUCUUAAUAGGCAGAAAGAUAUCGUUGAUGGUAAAUACAGUCAACUGACUUCUUCAAAUUUGGAUUCAAAGCUUCGUGAGGAUUUGGAAAGACUCAAGAAAAUUCGUGCCCACAGAGGGAUGCGUCACUACUGGGGUCUUCGUGUGCGUGGUCAGCACACUAAGACUACUGGCAGAAGAGGAAGAACUGUUGGUGUGUCUAAGAAGAAGUAAUUUAAAAAAUAAAAAUCUUUCCUAAUUUA